AUGGCCACCGGAAACACCAGCAAGAUCACCGAUUGGGUGAACCCGAACGAUAAAUCAGGCGAAUUCAAGCGCCAGCAGUCCGUCUUCCGCAACUGGAUUUCCAGAGAAGCCGGCGCGCAAUUCCCUCCCGAGAAGGACCGCUACCAUCUCUAUGUCUCCUACGCGUGUCCAUGGGCGCACCGCACUUUGAUCGUGCGCAAGCUCAAGGGCCUUGAAGACAUCAUCACCUACACCUCCGUGCACUGGCAUCUCGGCGAAAAAGGCUGGCGCUUCGCAGCGCCGGACGAGUCCAUCCCCGGGGAAAACGUCACCCCCGACCCCCUCCACCCCCAGUUCACCCAUCUCCGCGAGAUCUACUUUGCCGAUGACCCCGAGUACACGGGGCGCUUCACCGUCCCGGUCCUCUACGACAAGAAGCUCCAGCGGAUCGUAAGCAACGAGAGCGCCGAGAUCAUCCGCAUGCUCUACUACGAAUUCGACGACCUCCUCCCCGCGCAAUACAAACAGGUCGACCUGUACCCGCAGGCCCUGCGCAGCACCAUCGACGCCACCAACGAGUGGACCUACAACGACGUCAACAACGGCGUGUACAAGUCCGGCUUCGCAACGACGCAGGAGGCGUACGAGAAGGCCGUCACGACGCUGUUCGCCUCGCUCGACCGCAUCGAGGCCCAUCUCGCCAGCUCCGGCGCGCCGUACUACUUCGGCGACGCCAUCACCGAGGCCGACGUCCGCCUCUAUACCACCAUCGUCCGCUUCGACCCCGUCUACGUCCAGCAUUUCAAGUGCAACCUCCGCGAUAUCCGCUCUGGCUUUCCCGCGCUGCAUCGCUGGCUGAGACGGCUCUACUGGGAUGUGCCCGCGUUCCGGGAUACCACCCAGUUCGAGCAUAUCAAGUUCCAUUACACCAAGAGCCAUAAGCAGAUUAACCAGUUUGCUAUCACGCCUGUCGGGCCGGUGCCUGAUAUUCUGCCCAAGGAUGAGGAGGUGCGGGCUGUUGGUGGAAGUAAAUAG